UGGAGAUAAUCGCAAACCCUUCCGAUCUCAUCCUCAUAUACAGGGCACGGUCGCGCCAAGUUUCUGUCAAGCCCAACCAAAUUGAGGGAUAUCACGACGGGCUCGAUGUAUGGCCUUCGGGACUCAAGCUAUAUCCCUAUAUCUACUGAUAUCAUAUGCAUCAUUUACACCACCGCCUGUACCUUCUGGUUCAGGAAAGUCCAACAGCAAGCUGACGCGAUGUACCCGACGGGCUUGUGGUCCCAACAAUAGGAGAGUGACGAGAAUGGCCAACAAUACUCUCCGAUAUCAGCUCAGAUAAUACUACUCCUGGUGAGAUUGUAGCCUAGCUAGUUCCGAACAGCGCGAAUGUGACAAAUAUAAAGCCAUAACGAUGGCAUUGUAUCUCGUCUCACAACUGUCAGUGCUUUCUGCAUCGUUGGACAACAUGAGGCUGACGAUUUCCGUGGCAGCAAUUGCCUCAUGGCUCCUUCUGUCAUGCUUGAUAGGGGAUGUUCUAGCUCAUCCGAAACCCGACCCCAAGACCGCAUGGGUGCGUCAAGGUCGUGGGAGGAAGAGUUCCCCGCGUAACCUGCAAGCCCGUUCGUCUAUGUUCUCGUCCUCUUGCGUCGACAAGAACGCAACUGUGAUCAAAGCGCCGAGGCAUAAUGUUUGGGAAGGGUUGACGGACGAUGAGACAGCAUCCGUGGUCAAGUGGCUCUUCCAGCAAACAGCUCUAAACCUGACUGUAACGGAGGAUGCCGGAGAGUGGGAUAACACAAUGACCAGUGAGCUCGUCGAGCUGAUGCGGCCUAACAAGACGGAUGUCUUGAGCUAUCUCGAUCACCAAGGCCCGGCACCCAGCCGUUAUGCGCAUGUCGUCCUUGACAACCGCGCCACUACUGCUCCUCAUUAUGCUGAUCUUCUGGUCGGGCCUCUACCCAUCACCAAUCAAUCCACCCCUACGUGGGCGCCACUAGAGUAUCCUUACACGCGCAAGACCCACGGCCGUGUGCGCAAUCUCGACGCUGACUAUAGCACCAUCUACUCUGAGUGGCUGUAUAAGAUUAGCGCAUCCAUUGCAGAUAUCACUCUAGACCUGUUCAAUGGGACUGCACUGGGCUUAGACAACGACACCCUGGACGUAUGGGGCAUCGACCCCCUCUGGCAGGAUGACGGCCGGAUCAUCCGCUGGGACACAUUCUGGAACAUGCCAACGGAUGAGUUCGACACCGGCAGCAUCCUGCCGCUGGGACUAUUCUUCAAGUCCGACGUGACUGGGCGUGAUCCUUCUCAGUGGAAGCUUGAGGGCUGGCUUUACAAUGACGUCUUCUACGAAACGACCGAGGCAUUCCGCAAUGCAUUUUUCUCACCUGGAUUCGUCAAACUGAAGCCCAACGUCGAAGGACCAUGGGCACAGACGGAUCAACGGGGCCCCAUACUUCCACAAGACAAGCAGCAACCUCCUCUCAUGGUAGCGCCGUCAGGAGCACGGUACUCUGUGGACCUUGACCGCAAAUACGUGACAUGGAUGGACUUCUCGUUUUAUAUCAGCUUCUCGCGUGACACGGGAGUAUCCGUUUUUGAUAUCCGCUACAAGGGUCAGCGCGUGCUGUACGAGUUGGGUCUACAGGAGGCACUCGCCCACUAUGCUGGCAACGAUCCAAUACAAUCCAGCGUCGCGUAUCUGGACUCGUACUACGGAUUUGGGCCGUAUGCCUUUGAGCUAGUCAAAGGCUACGACUGCCCGGUCUAUGCAACCUACCUCAACAGCUCCUUCUACGUCUCCGAGACAACGCACACGCACAUUGACAGUCUCUGUGUGUUUGAGUACGAUGCAGACUACCCCAUCCAGCGCCACAGCACGUCCGACUACGUGAGCAGUACGAAGAACGUGUACCUCACCCUCCGAUCCGUGUCCACGAUUGGCAACUACGACUAUAUGACCAGCUACACCUUCCACAUGGAUGGCACGAUUGGCGUCGAAGUGCGCGCCUCCGGCUACAUCCAAGCCGCGUACUACGCGCACAACGAAGACUUCGGCUACCGCAUCCACGAUGCGUUGUCCGGCAGCAUGCACGACCACGUCCUCAACUUCAAAGCCGACUUCGACAUCCUGGGCGUGAACAACAGCAUCGAGCUCACCACGGUCGCGCCGGUCACGCGCAACUUCACCUGGUCCGGCGGCCGCUCGCGCAACACCAUGGCCCUGGAGCGGUCGAUUCUCUCGUCCGAAGACGAAGGCCGCUUCAACUGGGGGCCCAACGGGGCGACGAUGGUCCACGUGAUCAACCAGGACGCCCGCAACCAGUACGGCGAGUACCGGGGCUACCGCGUGCUGCCGGCGGCGGGGACGGCGCACCUGACCGUCCAGGACUCCAGCAACCUGGCGCACGCCGCGCACUGGGCCGAGUACGACAUCCAGGUCACGCGGCAGCACGACCACGAGCCGCGCGCCGCGCACGCCUACAACAGCCAGGACAUCCACGACCCGCCCGUCAACUUCGCCGAGUUCUUCGACGGCGAGUCGCUGGACCAGACCGAUCUGGUCGUGUGGCUGAAUCUGGGGAUGCACCACGUCCCGCACACGGGCGACCUGCCCAACACGGUGUUCACGACGGCGCACUCGGGCGUGCAGUUCACGCCGCUGAAUUAUCUGCUGGGGGACCCGAGCCGGCAGACGGUGAACAUGGUGCGGGUCAACUAUGCGAAUGGGUCGGCGACGGAGGUGAAGACGUUCGGGCAGGAGGAGGAGGUCUGUUCGGUGCAGCUUACUGGCAUCGGGGAGGAGCUGUGGCGGUAUCAGGGGGAUGUGGUGGUGCGCAAGUUUCCGUACGACCCGAAUGAUCCGUACUAUGAGAUGGAGGCGGACGCAUGA